UGUAUCCAGCUGUUCUGACAAGGGUUACUUUCCCGCUUCUGUUUAAGUCGCAGUACUUCAAGAUGGCGACUUCGUCUGAUAGGUCCAUCGAUAUUUUACUUGUUGGCAAGACGGGCCAUGGAAAAAGCGCCACAGGAAACACAAUCCUCAGAAAAGCAUCUUUUAAGAGCGACCCAACCUCUACUUCUGUCACAUCCGGGGCAGCGCUGGACGUAGCCAUGUUCAAAGAUUGGAAAAUUGUCGUGGUUGAUAGCCCUGGUAUUGGCGACACACGGAGAAACAAGAAGGACGAUAUUAUAAAGUUCAUUGACUCCGUGGCCAAUGCUUUAGCAGCCAACCCAAAAGGAUAUCACGCCAUUAUCUUUGUUAUGAAGUUUGGAUCACGUUUUACUAAAGAAGAAGUCUACGCCGUGGAACUUUUUAAAAACAUAUUUGGAGCUGAGUUCAUUAGAAAACAUUGUAUCCUGCUAUACACAUACGGCGAUUGUUUUGAUACAGAUCCAUCGAUUCAAGGGAGGAAAAUAUCAUUUGAUCAGUGGCUGAAAGAACAAAAUGAUAUCAAUCUAGUUCCGUUUCUCAACGAAAUCAACUAUCGAGCUAUCCUUUUCAACAACAGAUCAAAGGACCAGGUACUAAAGCUGAUCACAAUGAUUGAUCGUUUGAACACAGGCAGAGAGAGAUACUCAAACGCAAUGUUUGAACAAACUCGAGAGUUCAGAGAAUGUCUAGUGAGGGAGCUAGAUCGGCCUUGUAUUGACGAUGAGCUCCUGCAAGAAAUCUGCGAGGUCAAAGCCCAUUACGACAGUUUUGAAAUCGACGAUAAAAACGUCACCUUUUCUCUAACCAAGCUCACGUUUGUCAAAGAAAAAACAAAUCGACUGUCUCAAAAACUACACGACAAAGACAAACAGACAGGGGCCUUAGCUAACGUUAUCAGCCUGAUCAACGAAGUCACGGUCGAUAUUGAUGAACAGAUGAACACAUUGGUAAAAGUCUGUGGAAAAACAGGAUCGAAUACGGGCAGGUACACCGCUAGCGAACAAACUAUCCCAAAAGAAAGUUUAGUAAAGUCAAUCAGCUUCGACCGAGCCCGAGAAGCCGUUAAUGCUACGUUAACCCCUACACAGCUUCAGAAGAUUAACGAUGCCAGUGCCAGACAAAACAGUUUAAAGAGAAAAGAAUCAACCACCAGAAAGUUUAACGAAGUCAAAGAGAAGCUGAGGUCUUCGGGAUUCUUUUCUUCACUUUUGGAAUUUUUUAAAAACCUGAUUAGGAAAAUUCUUAAUCUAGGCUAAAUUGCUUCUACAAAUCCGUGAAGGCAAACUCUCCAAAAUGGAUUAUUCCUUUCCUAGAACGAUAACGGAAAGCUAAAAUUUUAAAAACAAAUUUAUGAAGAAAAACUGAGAAAAUUUUGCCUUUCUAUUAUUGUACAUUCACGCUUUGUUAACAUACUUUUGAUACAAUGUCCAGCAUAUGUUAAAUCAAUUGAUGGCAAUUUAAAAUCAAGUUUAUUAAAUUUCAUUCUUUCAACUUAAAAAUGAAAUAUUUGCCUGUUAAUUGAUUUAUGACUAUAAAAAGUAUGUUAAUGAUUUUAAAAUUAAAAUGAAGAAUUGCCUACUCAUAAUCAUUAAUCUAAUACCAAAUGUUCAUAUAUAUUUUAAAUUUAAUUGUGUAAGUUGACAUGCAGGCUUGUAUAAGAAAUAUACACAUAAUUCACUCUAAAUUUUAAAAUUUCAUGUUCUUUGCUUGUCACCUAAUUCAUUAUAUUUGUAAAUGAAAAUUUAGUUAAAGAUAUGUUAAUUUUUGUUCUUUAAUUAAAAUUAUUUUUAUUUUAUCAACAAACCGCGCCAGCUUGCUUUAAUAGUGCUUUAAUUGUGUGUUGCUGCGAAAAAAAAACAUUGAAAUUAAACA